AUGCCGCUGUCCAAAGGAGAUGUGUUGAGCUCAUCGAAUACGCAAUCUGUUGUUCGGUGUUUCCCCUCCAAGUUGAAGCAGAGGCAGAGACGGCGGAAGAAUUCUGCCCCCGCCACCAAAAUCUCAAUCUCAGUUGGGUUUGUGUUAAUUAAGCAUGACCUCCGUUUCCAUCACACUGUCAGCUCUCUCAGUCUCACUCUCUACCACCGAACCACCUUCCCUUGGAAACCCUAGCAAUUCAACACCCUGCAACCUAUCGACCUCAUUCCUCGGCAGAAAGCUCUCCGUUUGAGUUCCACAUUCAAACAAGUUGGCUUUAAAACAUCCAACAGCUGUCGCCACCGUUCUCUUCAGCCUCCCAACAGGGAAACCAGAGAGGAUUUCUUCUGGGAAAAGCUCACAGUGAGUUUUCAGUUUGUUUUCAUUUCAUUUUAUUUUAUGAGAGCUAUACUGUGGAUUGAAUUCGUUUCUUUAGAUGGUCGGCUAGAGCGAUUAAGUCGUUUGCUAUGGGUGAAUUGGAAGCAAGGAAGCUCAAGUAUCCCAAUACUGGCACGGAAGCCCUUCUGAUGGGAAUUUUAGUCGAGGGAACAAGUAUAGCUGCGAAGUUUCUCAGAGCUAAUGGAAUCACGCUUUUCAAGGUUCGAGAAGAAACUGUAAAGUUACUUGGAAAGUCAGACAUGUACUUUUUCAGCCCCGAGCAUCCUCCAUUGACUGAGCCAGCUCAGAGGGCCCUUGACUGGGCUGUAGAUCAAAAACUGAAGUCAGGAGACGGUGGGGAAAUAACAGUAACUCAUCUGCUUCUCGGGAUUUGGUCUGAAAAAGAGUCAGCAGGUCACAAGAUCUUGGUGUCCCUGGGUUUUGAUGAUGAGAAAGCAAAAGAGCUUUCUGUAUCUAUGGACAAGGAUUAUGUUCCUAGCUAUAAAUAAGGAUGCCAUAAUGCCUCUUCUCAAACAAUCUUCUAAUCGCACCUUCUGAAACAUUUGCUGAUACAACAUCCAAAUAAUGUUGCUUCUUGGUGCAACCUGUUGAGCUGCAAGUGGGUGGAGUUCUGGAUUGAAUAGCAAUGCUUUCUCCGACAUAAUUUGCAAUUCUUUGUAUGAGGAAGUUCAUGGAAUUCAAAAACUCCAUGAAGCAUUAACAGGGGCCUCAAUGAUACCUCAUUACCGCUGAGGUUGCUUGAAAAAAAAAAAAAAA